AUGCAGAUUCCAGCCUUGUGGGAACGCUGCUGGCACCAGCUGGUGUUUAUUUACCAGGGACUGGUGAUCUGGAUCCAUUCGUCUCUGGCCCAGGGCCAGGAAAACAAGUUUGCCAGACCACUGUACCCCCGAGCUGCCGCGGGCAACCUCCUGACCACAGUGGCCCUGGCCCGUCUUGCUGCUAGGACCAGCCGAACUUCCUACGACUAUCUCCUGGCACUCACGGCCUCAGACAUUGUCACCCACGUGGUCAUCGUGUUUGUGGGCGUCCUCCUUCAGGGAGCCGUCCUGGCCCGACAGGUGCCCGUCUGGAUCGCCGUCCUAUCCGGGGUGGACCGCUCCCGUGCCCUGUGUGGGCCCCUCUGCCAUCGGCUCACCUCGUCCCCAGGCCAUACCCACCCGGGCUUGCCGCCGUCCUUAGCGCUGUCCUUGCUGACCGGCAUCCCCUUCUGCUGGUGGCUGGAUGUGUGGAGGGACGCAGAUGCCCCUAGCACCGUAGACAAGCUCCUCAAGUGGGCCCACUGCCUCGUUGUUUAUUGCAUCCUCUGUGGAGUUUUCCUGAUCACCAACUCAGCCAUCGUCCCCCGGCUCCGGAAGAGGGGACGGAGGGUGCUGCGGCCCUGGGUGAGCAAGAGCACAGCCGUCCUCCUGGGUGACACCAGCCUCUUUGCCCUCCUCUGGGCACCCGGCACCAUCGUCAAGCUCUCCCGCCUGUACGUGGACUGGAGGGUCCACCUGGCCUUGGACCUAGCCAGCACGGUAUCCGUGCUCAACACAGCAGUGAACUUCGGCCUCUGUUGUUUGGUCAGCAAGACUUGUUGGGCCACGGUCUGACAGGUCAUUUGUGACGUUCACCCUCCCUGCACCUUGGGGUCACGGCCAGACUGCGGGGUGGUGGAGCCUGAGCUGAAUCCUAUAGGGCUUCCGGAAGGAGAAAGCUUAUAG